AUGGCUUCUCGAGGAAAGGCAUUCUCCCACAAAGAAGAUCAAGUCUUAUGCUCAGCAUGGCUUAACGUGUCCCAAGAUCCAAUCUUAGGUACUAAUCAGAGGAAGGAAACAAUGUGGGUGAGGAUCACAACUCUUUAUCAUCAGAAUCCCGGGCCCGAGAGAGGGAUUUAUCCCAAAUCCCUCUCUCAUUUCCCAUUUCCCACUCUCUCUCUCUCUCUUCAUCCCCCCCUCUCCCCCUUCUCAUUCUCUUCGCCGGCGCCGGACCCGCGCCGCCGCCCUACCGACGAGCCGCGCCGCUGCCUCCCUCUCUCUUUCUCUCCGCCAGUAUCAACCAUCUCCCCGUCUCCGGUCGAGACUCCAUCCCUGAGUUCCAGAAGCUGCGAGAUCUCGCGUCAAAUCGGACUUCGGGUCGAAGUCGGACCAGAUACCCAAAUCCGGAUCCGAUUACUCUCCGGCACCGCCGAGAUCUUCGGCACCGAGCUCCCUCCCGAUACUUGGCUCUCCAUACCCCCCAGACACAAAUUCGCUGUUUUUACGUGGAAUGAUGCGACUGUGGAAUUGGAAGGCAUCAGUGAUGUUGAGUAUGUUGCUGAUGAGACUCCUAUGGUUAGUUAUGUAAAUGUUCAUGCGAUACUCGAUGUGCGAAGGUCCAGGGCUAAGGCUGCAGCAAGCAGCGAUGUGGGUAAUUCACAGGGUCCAAGGGUGAUUGUUGUAGGGCCGACUGAUUCAGGAAAGAGUAGCCUGUGUAGGAUGCUCUUGAGCUGGGCUAGUAAGCAGGGUUGGAAACCAACAUUCGUGGAUUUGGAUAUUGGUCAGGGGUCGAUCACUAUUCCUGGAUUUAUAGCUGCUACUCCCAUUGAAAUGCCAUUAGUGUACUUCUAUGGGCACACAACUCCUAGGCCGAGACUUAUAUUUGCAGGUGGAACUGGUGAUGAGGAUGAUGAUGAUGAUGAUCAGGAGGACUGAUUUGUUUUUUUUACCUUUGAAAACAAUGAAUGAGUAUGUGCUGUAUAAAUAAUACUUAUCAUGGUGUGAUGUAUAAACAAUAUUUAUUAUGUUGGGAUAUUUUUAUUAAAAUAUUUGUGUUAUAUAUA